AGGGCCCUAAGGGUAGGGAAACGUUACCUGGCGGCCCAGUUUUCGUUCUCCCCCUCCUUUACAGACGAAGGAGGGAAGUUUUCUCAAUAGUCGAAGAAACUAUAGCCAAGUUGUUCAGUCAGUUGCGAACAGUGGCCCGAGCUGGACAGCCAAAUAACCGUCAGCCAGGGGGGUGACUCACGACAAGGAAAUUUAAUUUCGUUUUCGCUGUCGAAGUUCGUUGAGUGGAAUACAUCAGAGCUGUAUAGUUUGCUUUGUUGUUUUCUCGGCGUGCAAGAUAAUACACAAGCGAAAAAAGAGAACCAACAAUCUGAAAUCAAGGCCUUUUUGAUUUGAAAUCUGAGUCUGUGUGUGCCGUGGCAUCUGUUUCUCUAUUUUGGCAGUGAUGUUUGUGCACGUGCUGAACUGAAAUUGCCAAGCUCUUUUUCGUUAGUCACAAGGAAACGAGAAGAACUUGGUUAUUUUGGCUACAUAGUACGCCUAUCGACAGUGUGUAGGAAAUACCUGAGAGGAACGCAAGAAUGCAGCGACGUCGUCAUCUUUCUCCACGUCUUGUGUUGAUGAUGGUAGCUGUAUUCUUGUCGAUUAGGGUCAUUCGAGUGCAGGGUCAUGGUCGACUGGUCGAGCCUCCAUCAAGAGCUAGCGCAUGGAGGUAUGGCUUUUCCACCGAGAAAGAUUACAAUGACAGUGAAUCUUACUGCGGAGGAUGGGCACGUCAACAUGGGCGCAACGGUGGUAAAUGCGGGGUCUGCGGAGAUGCAUGGGAUUUACCCCAGCCUCGUGCACACGAACAUGGCGGUCGCUACGGUCAAGCGACGAUUGUUCGGACGUACAAGAUGAACGCCGACAUCGAAAUUGGCGUCGAGCUGACGGCCAACCACCAAGGCUACUUUGAGUUCCGUCUCUGCGAGCACAACCUAGCCAAACACCCGGAAACAGAGGAAUGCUUUGAUCGCAAUUUACUACGCAAGUCCAACGCCGACGCCGGCGACGCCCAAAGCCACAGGUACUUUCCAGGCGAAGGACAUAACGUUGUUUUUCGUUCAACUUACAAGCUACCCGAGGGUCUAACGUGCAGCCAAUGCGUCUUGCAGUGGCGAUACGUUGCUGGCAACAACUGGGGUAAUUGCGCUAAUGGCACUGAAGCCGUCGGAUGUGGUCCCCAGGAACAUUUUUUCGGUUGCGCUGAUAUCAAAAUUACAGAGGAUGGAAUGCCUGACGCGACUACGAUUUCACCGAAGAUGACCACAAUAACAACAUUUAAACCGAGAACACGAGGAACGGUCACUUCACGUUACGUCCGACCAACUAAAACUGUGGAACCUUCAACUUCAACUACGACAACACCUCCAACUCAAAGACAAUCAUCGACAACGUCGUCGACCACUUCAGCUCCGGAACUGGAACCCCCGGUGUAUCACUACAACUACUUCAAUCCGGGAACUUACAUUGGAGUUAUCAUCACCCUUGCCACGCUGCUGUUCGCCAUUAUUUGCAUUGGAGGAACGAUUUUGUAUUUUUACUACUUCCAUCCGAUGGUCAAAAAUCUCAUCAGCGAACGGUGGCGACACGUGCGCAGCCAGGUGAAUCCAUCCGAACGCAAAGCUCCUCUGAAGCUGCCAGCCUCCGUUUUUGCACAGCAAGAACCUCCUCAUCUCUCGAAUUCGGGUGAUGUCAAACCGCCAGUUCCGCCACGAAUCCGUCGAACUGGUGAUCUUCGACUACUGUCGCUAACAAUCAGCGAACCGCUGGAUGUCACCAUCAAUGGCAUCGCUGUGCCAAGAGACGGUGCCAGUUCAACCACGUCCGGCCAGAGUGAAGAAAAGAAUUCUAGCUCUGCGUGAGUCAUCAAUCACUGACUUGCUUCUCUUCCUUUCCCGGAAGACAAGCUAUAGGCAAAUUUUUAUACAACCACUAAAGUUCCUUUCGAGCCGCCUUUAUUGGGGCCACGUUCUCAGAUUUUCUCUUCGUAAAUCGUCUAAUAUACUUCCUUUAUCUGUACAUUUUGCCUACCACCCUAAAAAUCUAACGUCAUCCAGCGGCAUAGUCUCAGCCGCUUGAACAAUAUGGGCUCUCAUAAUGAAUGUACUGUCAAAGUUUCAAAUAUAACGUGUAAAUAUGAAAA